CGUCGUGAUUUUUAUUGUUUUUAUUUUUUAUUAAUUUUAAUUUCAUUUUUUACCUACAUGGUGACUUUACCGAAAGAACUAAGAAUAUAACAUACAUGAGGCUUCGUAGAUUCAAACAAAUAAAUGUUUUCCGUUCCAAACGCACGUCCGCCCCCCUUUCAACAAACUCGCCAAGUAUAUCAAUGAAAUGGCUCAGAAAAUGCCAUUAGCGUCGUGUGGUGUGUAUAAAUAACAAGGGCUGGUGGGUGGUUCACAAAGAUUGUGUGUUUGCCUGCUUCACUCAACGAACCCCACGGCAAGGCAUGGUUAACUUCAAGAGUGUAUCACACUGAUUAUCAACAUCGCUUACUCACACACACACACACAGAUAAUUGUAAUAAUUGUAUCACACAAUUAUUAAACAGCAGCAGCAGCAGAAGGCGGGCGCACUGUUCAUUCAAGGGUUUUUUCAUCUCCAAGAUAGUUUGAAGACCUUCAAGGAAGUUGCGUUAAUUGACUCACAAACGAAGAUGAAGGCAAACAUUUGACAUUGUUUUAGACAACAGACGCACAGUUUACUUCUUCUUUACUCCAAAGCCAGGUCUGAAAGAUAGUUUCAGUCGCGCUCACAGUAUCUCACACACGCGCAAACACCGAGGGGCAUUUGACAUUUUCAAGAGUAAAGUCACGGACGACGACGACUACGACUACUGAACAACAACGGAAGCGCGGUGUUUCGUGCCAAGUCGCAUUGGAGAGAGAGAGGAGGGGGAGAGGUUACAAACACUUAAAUGUAGUGGCACUCAUAAUUAAUUACACUCUUCUCACAUACACACACAUCGACAAACAUUUGACAUUUUAUUCAGUCAACAGUCACAACAAUUAAACAACAACAUCAACAGUAACAGGAGGUGCGCCGUUUUUUGUAUCGUGCGCAGCGGUGCUGGAAGAAGGUGGUUGGUGGUGGUGGUUGUUGUUGGUGGUGUUGGUGGUUGACAUUCGGGCUAUGGCCGAAUCUCAGAUCGCCUGUUUGGAGGACAAUUUCGGCUGGCGUCCUGGCGAGACCCACAAGGAGACGAGCCACAGCGAGGAGCAACGCCUGGCACUAGAAGCCCUCCUCCGUGGUGGGACCCCAGAAUACCUGGGCUACACGAACACAGCCAAGGUGAAGCCAUUCCUGUCCGACAAGGAACUCGCUCUGCUCCUGCACGAAGGCGAUCACACUCGGAGCAAGCAGCGAGGAGGUCACGGAAUCUCCUCCGUCGGAUCAUCCGAGCAGCGUCCGUCGAGAUCCGCGUUUGGUUCGCCCACGGACGGUGGAGCAGCUGGUCUGUCCAACACGGGGUCUCUCACCUAUUGGCCAGAUCGCUCGGAUGCACCUGCGCCGGACCUUGAGUUGGGAUGGCCGGCGGUGGGCAGGUACCGCGGUGUGACCCGGGUCAUGGCAGUCCACGCUCAGCCUCCGCUGGGGCCCAAUGCGCCCAGCAUCAAGGAGGCCGCACGUGCCAUGGUGCAAGGUGCCCAUCAGGUAAUCGCCGUGGUGAUGGACGAGUUCUCCGACGUGGACAUCCUGAAGGACGUGGCGGACGCGGCGGUGAGGCGCCGGGUGCCAGUCUACGUGCUCGUCGACGAACAGAACGUGGCAUCCUUCCUCGCGGCGUGCCGAGCCGUGUCCAUCAACAUCUUUUCCAUGCGGAACAUGCGCGCUCGCUCCCUCGAGGGCCUCAGCUUCUGUUCGCGCAACGGCGCUCGCAUCACGGGCCGCAUGCAGGAGCGCUUCAUGAUCAUCGACGGAGACCAGGUGCUCACGGGUACCUACAGUUUCACGUGGUGGGCAUCGCGGAUGGACAGACACAUCGUCACGGCGCUGUCCGGCCAGGUGGUGGAGACGUUCGACAUGGAGUUCAGAUUCCUCUACGCGCAGUCCAAACCCCUCCAGGAGAAGCAGCAGCAGCAGCCAGGGGCGCCGGCGGUCGCUCGCCCGCCUCUCCAGCUGCCGAUAUUCAGCUUCUCCCCUUCGCCGGCCGCGAGGGCACAGGCCGCCACCGCACAGCCGCAGGAACCGGCGCUGCAGGCCACCUCGAAGGCCGGCCUGCAGGCAUUGCCGAAGCUCUUCACGCCGCCCGUGAACCCGCUGUACGCGCUCGUGAAGCAAGGCCACCGCUCUCCGGCCACCCCCCUCGAGCCGCCACCGCCGACGUCGCCCGUGGCCCGCAGCGAGGGCGGCGGGGGCCCCGGCGGGCCCGGCGGCAGCCCAGACUCCCGGCUGCUUCGCAACUCCCAGCUUCUGGCCCAGCAGCCGAGCCGCAGCGUCCAGGGCAACGACGCGGCCAAAUCCCGCGAGCAGGACGUCCAGCCUCCGCUGUCGCCGGCCAACGCGGUCGCCCCGGAGGGUGCCGACCGCGAGAUCUGCAAAGCGGCGCUGCGCAAGGUGAACCUCCCCGACCACGUCGCUCGCCACAAGGUGGACUCGUGCCUGCUGUUCGAGGGGGACAAGGAGAGGGGCGAGGCGGCGCCUGCACGCAGCGCCAUCGAGGAGAGCGCCUUCGCGCUCAAGCGACGGGCGACGCUCUCGUACGGCCCGCUCGCCGCCCAGGAGGACGGCCUCUUCAAGUCGCGCUCCACGUACGACCUCAGUACCGUCGCCGGCGAGCAUUUUGAUGAUGAGGAGGAGGAUGAUGAUGAUGAGGAGCCUCCCCACGCCGAGCAGGAAGAAGAGGGCGGCAAGGCGAAGAAGGAUGAGGUGGCUGUGGAGAAGGAGAAGGAGGGGACUGGCGCCUCCGUCAUCGGCGGCGGGGGAUGACUGACGAGCAGCGGCAGACAGAAGAGCAGCCGGGCUCCAAGCGGCGCCUGUCCAUCCUCAAGAUGAUGAAGAGCAUCUUCAGGAGGAGCGUCAGCAAGGACGUACCGCAGCGACGCACCUCGACGUUCUACCUGCAGCCGAUGACGGCUCCAGAAAACGCUUCGUGAGGAGGACGGAGGAGUCGCAGCCCUUCUCACGUCAAAGAAUGAAAGCGGUCUCCGUAUAUAUUAGUAGUUUAGUACAUUUGAAAGCUUUCGUGACUGCAGGGAUUCAUCUUCUUGGUUCUUUCGGUAAAGUCACGUAGAAGGGAAAUAAUAAAAUAAUAAUAAACAUAAUAAAAUACAAACGUCGUGAGAAUUGGAUUUGAUUAUGUUUUAUUAAUACUAUUUUAUUAUUUCCCUUCUACGUGACUGAACCGAAAGAACCAAGAAGAUAGUUUAGUACACUCGGCAUUUGCACCAUUCCAAUAGCACAAGGCUACCACAAAGGUGCUAUGUUCACAGAUGGAUAUGGUUAAACCGGUAGGGUACAAUAUUUCUGUAUGGUUUUACCCAAUUAUGUAAUUUUCUGGUUAUUCCUCAAAUUUAGCCCGUGACGUCGGCACACGUGGCCCCAUUCUUUUAAAAAUGUUGAAAUAACGUCACCACAUGGUCUUGUAACGUCCAUUGUGAAGUAUUUUAUGGUUGAUACCUGCAGUAUUAACUAGGGCGGCCACUUGGUUCGAACCACGGACCUCAGCAACGGCUCGGCCACAUCACGGCCCUUGUGAGGCUGUUUGACCUGAAAUGUCUCAGAAAAAUAAGCUACCUCCUUCGGGUGGAUCUGUUUUUUCUUUUUAGUUUGCAACCUCUUGAGAGCAGAAUAGGGUAAUUUUUUUGGUCGCGUUGUGGUUUAAUUUCCAUUAGCCUCCCCCCCUCCCUCAAUUCUAAUGAAAUAAUUCUGCAAACAGUUUGACUGCUCGCACCUCUCGCUUUUUGCAUUUCUUUAAAAUGUUAGGGUGCUGCCGUGGUGAAAUGGUUCGUAGCACAAUGCUGGACUUGCAAUCCAGCGGUCGAUGGGUUCAAUCUCCACGGCAGUUAAAACAAUGGGGCAAGUUGUUUAAAUCGCUCCCCUGGCCUCUAUCCACCGAGCAAUGCAAAAAAGUGUGCGUACUCCCACCUCUUCCAAGACGGCUGGCCAGCGUGGAAGAGUAGGCCAAACAGUGCCGGACUAAGCAAGUGCGGGGCCUGUAGCAUAUGUUAUAAAGGGGCCCUAAAUUAAAAAAACACGUAAAUAUUAAAACACAGAUUUUUUUACUUGCAUAGUAAAGUAAUUGUAUUUUUCAUUUGCUAUACAGCCAGAUAAUGCGACAAAUCGCUAGCCUUAAACAUCCGGUCGUUCAUAAAAGUUGAAGGCGGUAUAGUACUAUCGUAAUAGAGCAAGUGCAGAAUCACUUAACCGGAAUUGACAGCUUGAAAGCAUUUAGUGCAGGGCCUUUGAAAGUGCGGGUCCCGUAGCAUCUGUAGCUACUUUUGCGACGAGGAUAAUCCGGCACUUAGGCCCAAAUACUCACUGGAGGGGCUCGCUAGAGCUCCAUCUUGUGAAGACCCUUCCACUAACAGUGGCGUGAGCAAAAAAUUGCAGGGCUCCACCUUUGCCGUUCAAACUUUAGCUCUUUCUUAAUUUGAAAACGAAUUCGUGUAUUAACCUGUUGGGGUAAUGAUGCGAUGAAACACUAAGGGUAGAUAGACAUUUAACAGAGCGGAUUUAGAAAUUUAGGAAUUAUAUUAUUUGCUGGAGAAAUGUUGCAUGUUUUACAUUUUUAAUAUUCUGGAUGGAUAGAAAGACUUGAAAAAAAGUAAGCUCUAAUAAAAGGUUUCUCGUGCUAAUUGUUGGAUUUUUUCAAAUAUGUUUCAGCCAGGGACUUGUAAAACCGUGCCCACAGGCACGAGAGUACAUCGGUUCACAAAAUCCCCAGCGUGCUUUUCCAUUUCCCCCUAUUGUAUAUCGGUGGUGUUUAAGACACGAAAACCUUACACACACACAGAUUGUACAGUAGUGUUCAACACUUAAUCACUUAAUUUUAUUUGACACUUCUCACUGUGGCUGGGGGGUGGAUUUUAUUUUAUUUCGACGUCUGUAUGAGGCUGUGGUUUCAAGCCAUGCUGGCACUUGCGUCUCCUUGUAAAUCUGAUUAUGAACUUAAAAUCGGUUUUACCAAAUACCAUCGCUCGCUCUUAAUAAAGGAAAAU